GAAAAGUACUGUUGGCAAGGGAAUUCGAACUCGUGUCAAAUAACACUGCACCGUUGUGGGGCAAUUUGUAUGUUUCUUUCCAUUUUGUAUUAUGAUUUCUCCCAAGUCAAAUAACGUGUGUUAGCUUCCAACUCCAAUAUGUUAUAAUUAUUAUCAUAUAUAUAUUGAUAUUGUAAAAGUCUAAGUGUGGAAGAAAGACUUGAUCAAAUUAUUCCCACCAAAACCAUAUAAUAAAACCAAUUACAAGUCUUUCAAAUAAUGUAAUUGAUCUCAUUUAAUUUACCCACACCCAAUAAUACAAUUACCCCAAAUUGAAAUCCAUAUAUUUAUAUCCCUCAAGAAAAAAGAAAUUAGGUGAAGGAAAAAAAGAAUGGAAGGAUUGAUUCCAAUGAUGUACAAGUCUCUAAAGAAGAGCAAGACUCGUCGGAAUUACGAGUGCCUCUCUACCGGUGCUGCACAGGCUUACAACAUAUCGGAUUUCUACGUUAGAGAAGGUGAUCAUUAUGUUAUCGCAGGGCCCGAUAAGGUUCCGGGCCUCGGUGGGCCGCCCCACCACCGGAGGUACAACUCGGUGCAUGUUGCCGGUGGUGGUGCCGCCAGGGGUUUCGAGGAGGAGGAGGAGGCUGCUAAGUCAAAGCAACUUGUGAGGUUUAGAAGCCACAGGAUGUUCUCAUGUGUCACCGGUGCAUAAGUCCUCUU